AUGAAGCAACAUGCCGAUGAGCGUCUCCAGGCUUUCCUAACCAGGUUUAACCUUACCAAGAGCAUGGUUAUUGAAUGCCACCCUUCAACGGCAGUUCAAGCAUUCAUACUGGCCAUGAACCGUGGCACCCCAUUCCACACAAGCUUGGUGGUGAACACGCCGAAGACUAUGGAUGAACUUAACGAAAGAGCCGAUGGAUUUGUGUGCUUGGAAGAAGAAAAGGGGGCAAACGCUCGGAAGACAUCCGUCAUAUCCACGGAAGAAAAGACCAAAGCAAAGAUCAGGCAAAAACAGGUUCAGCCACAACGCUCCUCGUGGAAAUCUGAGAAGAGGCCCAGAGAGGAAGAGCUGGUUACUCCAUUGAAAGUUACCCUAGCAAGACUGAACCUAAGGAGACAGGUAGAGGUGUUGAUAGCCAGAGGGGAGUUCGCAAGUUAUAUUCAAGGACCAGCGGUGGAACAGAACCGACCAAUGGAGCACGUGAAGAAGAAUCAGAAGUCGAAUUCUCACAACACGCAACCAGUUCGAGUAAUCAAUGCAAUUCACGGUCGGCCAGAACCUGCCGAGGAGUCAGAUGAACUGCUUCGAACACGCCUUCACCAGGCACGGAUGAAGAGAAGGAUAGGCAGUGUAAACACUCUGCACCAACAGAGCGCAUCAACGCAGAUAAAGUUUGACGUAACAGACUUGUUGCGUGUUCAGAUCCCUCAUGAGGACCCGCUGGUCGUAAGUUUGACAGUGGCCAAAUGCUUGGUGCGCAGAGUUCUAAUUGACCCUGGAAGUAGUGCGAACAUCAUGCCAAGGGAUACAUUCGAUCGGCUCGAGAUCAAAUAG